CAUAUAGAGUUAGUGGGGGUGUUCUGUAGAACGCUCGUUAUCAAAGCAGAGUUUCUGUUAAUUUAAUAAAUGUUCAAAUUUUGAAUCUACUGCAGUGAAAAUUGUUUACUUGUGUAGUGCAACUUUUAUUUUCGUUUUAUUGAAAUAAGUUGAACUGAAUAAAAUAGAAGAGGAUGAAGCAGUACACCACUAAUUCUAUAUGUAGAUUGUGAUUCAUGUUCAGGAUCUGCCAAUAAAUAUUUAGAUUUUAGAUUGAUGCAUAGUGCAUAUGCAAUUGAUGAGCAUGACAUUUGAACUGUGUACAUUAACAUGAGAUUUACAUAAAUACUAUAUCUCUUAUACACCUUUUAUAUUUACAUUUUGAUCAGUCCAACUGUAGAACUUUUGUUAACAGUAAAAAUGUUCACUAAUAUCGACGAGAGAAUCUUUAGACAAUCAAAACUAGCUGUUGCUAGAAAUCUUUUUGAUGUAGAAGUGCCUCAUAGACUAGGAAGUUAUGAUAGGUUUAUUCCUUAUAGAGCCAAUAAUAAUUGGGAGACUUCCUUUGCCACUAUACCUGAUCCCAAUAAGAACACUCAAACUGGUAAAAAGACAAGAGAAACAGGUGAAAAUGCGAGAGACAGUUCAGUGUAUAACAUUCUGUUGAGGAAUGAAUUAUUAGGUGAAAAUAUAGAAGAUGUUAAGUCACAGUGUGAUGAGAGGCAAGCCCUGACACCAGUGAAGAGUAGGAAUCUUUUUAAAUAUGGUACUCCAAAUAAGAAUGAAAAGACGCCGAUUAAGGCCCAAUCUAGUCCGUAUUCCCUUUCGCCCCUCAGUACAAGUAGCCAAAGACUUCUUCGAUCUCCACACAAAGCGACAAGAAAGAUAUCUAGGAUUCCUUUCAAGGUGCUGGAUGCACCCGAACUACAAGAUGACUUUUAUCUCAAUCUAGUCGACUGGUCCGUACAAAACGUUCUCAGCGUUGGCUUAGGCAGUUGUGUCUAUUUAUGGUCUGCGUGUACAAGCCAGGUGACCCGGUUAUGUGAUCUAUCAAGUGAUGGAAAUGUAGUUACUUCAGUAGCUUGGAGUGAACGAGGGCAUCUGGUGGCGGUAGGAACACAUCUCGGUUACGUAACGGUAUGGGACGUAGCAGUUAAUAAGCAAGUGAACAAAUUGGUAGGACAUAGUGCUAGAGUUGGAGCUUUAGCAUGGAAUGGUGAUGUAUUAAGUUCUGGGAGUAGAGAUAGACUGAUAUUACAACGAGACACCAGGACACCACAGACCGUGGGGGAGCGGCGACUCGUUGGCCAUCGGCAAGAGGUAUGCGGGCUGAAAUGGUCGCCAGAUAAUCAGUACUUAGCAUCUGGAGGCAACGAUAAUCGACUGUAUGUCUGGAAUAUGCAGUCUUUGUCUCCGGUACAGACAUACACAGACCACUUAGCAGCAGUCAAAGCGAUAGCCUGGUCGCCUCAUCAUCACGGAUUAUUGGCGUCUGGAGGUGGAACAGCGGAUAGAUGUAUCAGGUUCUGGAAUACAUUGACGGGCCAACCUAUGCAGUGUGUGGAUACAGGUUCUCAAGUGUGUAACUUGGCUUGGUCGAAGCACAGUUCCGAAUUGGUCUCAACGCAUGGUUACUCUCAGAAUCAAAUUCUAGUAUGGAAGUACCCCAGCCUUACCCAAGUAGCCAAACUAACGGGACAUUCGUACAGAGUGCUCUACUUAGCUUUGUCACCAGAUGGAGAAGCCAUUGUCACAGGAGCCGGAGAUGAAACCCUUCGAUUUUGGAAUGUGUUCAGCAAAGCGAGGUCUCAGAAAGAGACCAGAUCUGUUCUGAGUCUUUAUACGGGUAUUCGUUAAAUUAAAUGGUUACGUAGUAACAUGAAGGUACUUUUUUAUUUUUCAUGGGAUUUUUCAAAAAACUGUAUUGGAUUAACUAUCUAUUUCCUGAAAAUCAUUUAUUUGUCUAUGUGUAAACUAAUUUGUUACUAACUACCAAAAUCAAAUUUUGGUAGUUAUUAUUUAUGUCACUUUAUAUAAAAUAUACAUGAAAUAAAAGUUUUUUAUAAACGGUGAAAUAAUUUUAAAAAUUGUAAAUAAAAAUAUGAAUAAUACUUCAAAAGACAGAUUUGGUAUUAUUUCAUGAGUACUUGGAAACGUACUAAACUUUCAGACUUCAAGAUUUUUAACCCGAAUUGAUAAACCACAAAUCUGUUACAUUAUUAUAUUAUAAAAUUAAAAAAUGAAAAACAUUCUAUAGAAACUACUGGAAUUCUUCAUGAAGUAGCACAAAUACAGUUCAAGUUGUUGUCUAUAUAAUAUUUCAUUAAAAAUAUUUCACGGGAUGGAUAGCCUUUUGAACAAUGUGAAUAACAGUCUGAAUAAUAGUUUAUAUUUUUAGCUGUCUUAUAAAUGCCAAAACUGUACAAAACUAUUCAAAAAAUGAAAAUAUAUAACUUUUUUGGAUUCUUUAAUUAAUUUAUAACAUUAAUUAUUUGAACUAAAAAAGGGUAGUUCCCUAGGUUGGCUGUAUACCAUAUAGUUAAAAAAACUCUUAACAUGAAUUAAAAACCACUUCUAUGUAAUUGGUAUAUUUAUUAAAAAUUUUAAAAAUCCCGAUGGAUUGAAUAAAAUGUGUCCAGUUCAAAACCUUUUCGGACCUAUCAGUCCAUCAUCAGUGAAUUCAAAUACUUGCUAAAUAGUCCCAGACCCAAACAAUGGUUGAAAUUAUAAUUCAAUCUACAUUAUGUUGUAGUAAAAUUGAACAGGCUAAACGCCGAUGUUAAAAGAUAACCGCGGGGAACAUGGUGAAACUCGAUGGUUCAUUGAGUUUCUUGGUAGAGUUUCACCAUGUUCCCGGAGGUUAUAUCUUUUAACAUUGGCGUUUAGCCUGUUCAAUUUUACUACAACAUAAUGUAGAUUGAAUUAUAAUUUCAACCAUUGUUUGGUUCUGGGGCUAUUUAGCAAGUAGUUGAAUUCACUGAUGAUGGACUGAUAUGUCCGAAAACGUUCUGAAUUGGACACAUUUUAUUCAAUCCAUUAGGAUUUUUAAAAUUUUUAAUAAAUAUACCAAUUACAUAGACGUGGUUGUUACUUCAUGUUAGAGUUUAUUAAUUAUUUGAGUUACUUCUUAAGCAAAGUAUUGUUUGUUCUGUCUGGUCCCUAGGUACGAAUUCCUAAUUACGUAGAGGUCAUGUAGGGUGGUCCUUUAGGAAUUUUGUGGACACAAGUGCACCGUAAUUUCCUAGAUAUAUAAAAUUGGAUCAUCUUUAUAUAGGUUGCCCAUCUAAUAUGUAUGUAUUUUUAUUAUUUGUUUAUAUAUUAUUCAUGUAUUUAUAUCUGACUCAUUCUGCAUAUGUUCAAUUGUAUAAGGCAUUUAAAAUAUACUUGUAAAUUUAUUAUUUUUUACAAACUUUCGUUUCUAUAUAAGAAAAGUAAAAAAGUACCGUAAUUCUGUAAAUUCAAUUAAAAUUUGACUUCCGUGAAGUAAAUUCUGAAUCCCCACGUUUUUCUUUACUUUUAUUAUACAAUUUGCUUUUUAUUUAUAUACUUUUUAUGCAAUAUUAUCAACAUAUACCUAUUUGUUAUAAUAUUUAUAUUAAAUGUGAUAGUUUACACUGUUUAUUUUCUGGUUUUUAUCACUUUUAUACUAAGUAUUCUAUUCUAGACGAUUUCGUAACAUAUACGGCCUGUGAAAACAAUCUUAUACUUUUUUUACUUUUUAAAAUGUUUAAAUAAAAACAAUAAUAAUAAUAUUUUACUGCAUUUUUGCGGGAAGAUUCUUUCGGAUUGUUCUUGUACCAAUCGUAUCUUUAACCCUAUUUCAGAUAACUAAUGUCGAGGCACACUAGCCCAGGGGGACCGACGGGUUUUCCUGCCUUCCGAAGCACGGUGACCGCUCGUUACAUUUUUAGAAAUUAAAAUGUCGGUGGCACCGAGUAUAGAACUCAUGCCCAGUAUAUUAACAGCUGAGAAACAGCCACGACCUAAAUAAAGAUAAAUUAAUUGCAUUGAAAAUAAUAUUACGGCUUGUUACAGUUAGAAGUUAUGUUGAUUGUGGUUUAGUUACUCAUUACCAUUCUCACCCUCCGACAGUUUUUAGUUUUUCACUGAUUUUACGAAAUAUUUUAAUAACGACCAUCUACAUUCUGUUUCAAACGUUAGCAUCAGUAGGGUUGUAUAUUGCAAGCGGGUUUGCCGUUCUGUGGAUUAUCAUAAAUAAAUCCUCCUUCACUAUUUCACAGCAGUUAACAGCAAUAAUCCUCUACAAGUAUUUGCCUAAUAUUACUACCUUUCACGGGGCCGGUGCCGUGAAGAGCGACAACGCUGCCAAGAAGAUUCUCAUUUAGUUUGUAUUGGGCCUAUUCUUCGUACACUGAAUAUUAUGUCUGAAGUAGAUAGAUCUAUUUUAUACAGUAUGUCCCUGUAAGUUGUAUCCAUAUGGAAAACUUUUUUAUUAUUAAUUUUACGAAAACAAGUUAUUCCUUAUAAAAAGUUCUGCAUGGUCCAAAACCCAAGAUUCAACCAUAAAAUAUCAAAUUUUAUGAAUGUUAUAUGAGGUAUGUCAAAAAGUUUGAAUUUCACUCAAGAGUAAAGUAGCUUUAUUUUUCACAAUAUUGAAAAUUGCUAUUAUGAAAAGUUGUUUGGAAUUAAAAACUAUAUUCUAAUAUGCAAUUACAUCCUUCUAAUUGAAAAAAAAAAUUUUUUGAAAAAUUAUGGAUAACCUAACAUUAUUUUCAGUUAUUUGAAUUCUGAUAACUCUUUUAUUAUUAAUUUUACGAAAAAAAGUUAUUCUUAAUAAAAAGUUCUGGAUGGUCUAAAACAUAAAAUACAACCAUCUUAUAUCAAAUUUGAUCAAUUUUAUACGAGGUAUGUCAAAAAAGAUAAAUUUAGAUCAAAAGUAAAGUACCUUUAUAGUUUAGAAUAUUUCAAUUAGAAGGAUGUAAUUACAUACUGAAACAUAGUUUUUAAUUCGAAAUAACUUUUCAUAAUAACAAUUUUCAAUAUUGUGAAAGAUAAACGUAUUUUACUCUUGAGCGAAAUUCAUAUUUUUUGACAUACUUCGUAUAAAAUUGAUAAAAUUUGACAUAAGAUGGUUGUAUUUUAGGUUUUAGACCAUGCAGAGCUUUUUAUUAAGAAUAACUUUCUUCGUAAAAUUAAUAAUAAAAGAGUUAUCUGAAUUGAGAUAACUGAAAAUAAUGUUACGUUAUCCAUAAUUUUUCAAGAAACAUUUUUUUUAAUUAGAAGGAUGUAAUUGCAUACUAGAAUAUAGUUUUUAAUUCUAAACAACUUUUCACAACAGCAAUUUUCAAUAUUGUGAAAAAUAAAGCUACUUUACUCUUGACUGAAAUUCAAACUUUUUGACAUACCUCGUAUAAUAUUCAAAAAAUAUGAUAUUUGAUGGUUGAAUCUUAGGUUUUGGACCAUGCAGAGCUUUUUAUGAAGAAUAACUUUUUCUCGUGAAAUUAAUAAUAAAAAAGUUUUCCAUAUGGAUACAACUUACAAGGACAUACUGUAUAUCUAAAUUCUAAAUCUGAGAGAAAUACGUGAUCGUCUCACAGAAAGUAUGUUAGUUUAGAUAAAGGAAACAUUUAUACAUCAUUAGUUUUGUUCACACUCUUCAUUUUUAACAUUAACGAAAGGAAAUAAAGUAGUAAAUCAUAUUCCAUCAUCUACUUACCGUGCUGUAUCCAUAUAUCGUCUUUAAUAAUAUUCAGAUAACACCUCUACCAUGGAGAUUGUUAGUUAGAAUCUUAGAAUAAACAGACCUUACGGGAACAUAAUCAUGCCUAUUCUGUGGCUCAUUUCGAUGGUAGAAGUAAGCCAAGUCGAAUAAAAAUAGUCCAAAUCGGUAUUCCAUAACUACAUCGGAAUCUCUACAAUCGCAAUAGCGAAUAGAAAUCACUUCGACACCAUUUACCCUGUCGAGAUAAGCUUUCGAUAUCGGAAUUGUGCUUGACGCAAGCGCAUUUUGAUUUGUUUUGACGUUUAUAUUUUAUAUCUACUGAAAAUAAUUGAUUACUACUUAUUUAUAGUAUGUAUACCUCUUUGUAGCUGCUUAAUUGUUUAGUCGGUGGUGUUAUUUAUUUAGAGAAUUAUAUAUUUAAUUUAGACAUGUUGUAUGCAUUGUAUGCAUUGGACCUAACCUUAAUUUAUUUGCUAUUUGGCAUCUGAAUGUUUGCCUGUCACAGUGUUGCCAUACUUUUUUUGUUUAUUUCUUGUACAAUUUCAAUCAAUGGUAUAAUGUACAAGAAUAGCAUGAGAUAGACUUAAGCGUUGAUUGAUAAAUAUAUUAUACCACUAUAUGUACUUGUAUAUUUAUCAACCAACGCUCAUUGUCUGAACAAAUUAUAGAAAAGAGACCAUUUUUGGGAAGAGUUGUUUAGCAGUUAUUUCAGCUGGAAUGAAAUCUUAAAGAUUGGAUAUUAUUAGUAAUAUCGAUUUUAAAUAAUUUAUUAAUAAUAAUAAUUAAUAACAUAUAUUUAAAUAUCUUUGAUUUAAAAGCAUUUAUACAUUUUAUCUUCAUUUAUCUUUUUAUUUAACAGUUUAUCUUCUUUUUUAUAACAGUUUUAAUUAACUUUAAUUUAAAACCAUUUAUCCUCUUUUGAGCUUUUCGCAUCCAGUAUUUAUACUAAUAUUUUAUUUACUUUUCAAAACUUGAGGAUAGUAUGAACACUUUGAGGAUAUGGCAACGGUGUCAUAUUUCAAGUAACAAACAAGUCACAGAACACUAAUUUCGCUGGUAAAUGCGGGGUUGCCACCACCUUCCGAGCGCAUGAAAUGGAAAUUAAAAAUUUCGAUUUACUGUGGUUACAAUGUGAGAUACAGAAUGCCAAUCCAAACACAAAAAUGAAGCGAUAGAUAUCAAACAUUCCGAUUUCGGGUAAUUACGAUUCGACUUGGUCAUUUUUAUUCGAUUUGUUAAAAGUUACAGAAUUGGACUGAUUUUAGAUAAUUCAGUGAAAUACUUUAACUCAUUUCAAAAAGUCGUUGCGUUUUUUCGUCCGAAAAUCAAUAAUUCUUUUAAAAGUCAUUCGCCCGCAAUUUUAAUUUUAUUUUUAAAGAGUUAGUAGCUUUACAUCGCUGUACAUAUCAUCAUUAGCCGUUUUGAGUCCACUGCGGAACAUAGGCCUCCCGUGAAUAACUUAAUUACAUCCUAUCUUGAGCACUAUAAAUCCAGUUGGUCCGGAAUCCAGGACGUUCUCGAAUACGAUAAGCAUCGUACUAUUUAGACCAGGGCGCAUCUGUAAAAAUAUUAGUACAUUUGGACGUUGAGAGGUUACUCAUAUUUUUUUGCACAAAUUGCUUGAAAAUAACUCAUAUAAAAAUAUUUUAGUUAUCCUCCCACUCAAAAAGGUCCGGAACAUUGUUUAAAUAACCAAAAUGUCAAAAAAUGAAGGAAAAAUUCGAUUUUUUUCUUUGUUUUUUUAUUAUAACUUUAAAAGUAUUCAUUUCCGAGAAAAGUUGUAGUGAUAUAAAAGUUGCGUAAUUAAAUUUCCUACAGUUUAGGAUUAGCUAAAGAUUUUAAAAAUUGUCACCCUUGUUGCAAAAUAGCAAUAAUUGCGAAAAAAAAACUAUAAAAAACAAGUAUUCGCAUUUUACGUUUUUCAAUCAUUUAUGCUACACUUAGGACCUUCAUAUUUCACCCAGCAAAACUAUAUGAUACAAUAAAACAAUACUGUAAAUUUCAUUAAAAAGGGUUCAAUAGAUUUUGCAAAAUAAAUUUUGCAAUCCAGCUUUCGCAAAAUAAAUGCAUUUUUUCAAAAUUUUGCAGGGCUGAAAAUAAGGCAGACAGCAAGUUGAUUUUUUUUACCUAUAGAAGAAUACAGUACCUUUCAUCCGCAAUUUGCAAAAUUAAAAUCGGUUGACUACCACGGCGUUAGGAAUUUUUUAAAUAAACAUUAAUUUUUGGUGCUACGCGCAGGACAGCGGAUACGUUUGCUCUGAUUGGGCAUUCCAAUGACCUUUGAUAAUGAUUGAUAAAUUUUAAUUUUUAGUACAUUUGGAGAUAAAUAAAUAAAUUUGUUUACUGCAAAAUAAAAACACAUACUCUGUCCUUUGAAAUAAUACUUUUUUUUAGCAAAAACUUUUUUUUUUCGUAUAUUUUAACAUAUAAAAUAAAAGUUUAGUAUUUUUUAACAUAUGCAAUUGUUUAAACAAUAUUUUACAAACAAUGAUCAAAUUAGUUUGAUUUUUGUGGAAUUAAAAUAUUAAAAUACAGCAAAGUAUGGAGUAAGAAAAUAAUAUAUUAGGUAAAGAUUGGUAGAUAUUUUGGUGGAAAUCAACUUAUGUGAAUCGAACAUUUUACAUUUUCCAAAUAGAAUAUAUAAUUUUUCAUUGCAAUGCUAAAAUAUUUACACUUAAGUACGUGUUGCUUUUAAAAACUAUUUAAAAAGUCACUACAAGCGACAAGUAUCAACUUACUUUUGUCUCUGUUCUCAAAACAAUAAAAACUAAACUUAACAAUUAUUAACAGCAAAACAUUUGUUUGUCCACAGCCGCAAUAUUCGGUAAUUUUUGACAGGUCAUUGGAAUGCCCAAUCAGAGCAAACGUAUCCGCUCCUGCGCGGAGCACAAAAAAUAAUGUUUAUUUAAAAAAAUUCCUGGCGCCGUGGUAGUUAACCGAUUUUAAUUUUGCAAAUUGCAAAUGAAAGGUACAGUAUUCUUCCAUACGCAAAAAAAAUUUCAACUUGCUAUCUGCUUUAUUUUCAGUCCAGCAACAUUUUGAAAAAUGCAAUUUUUUUGCGAGAGCUGGAUUGCAAAAUCUAUUGAAUCGAUCUUAAUGAAAUUUACAGUGUUGUUUUAUUGUAUCAUAAACUGUUUCUGGGCGAAAUAUGAAGGUCCUAAGUUUAGCAUCAAUAGUUGAAAAACGUAAAAUGCGAAUACUUGUUUUUUAUGGUAUUUUCCCAAUUAUUGCUAUUUUGCAACAAGGGUGACAAUUUUUAAAAUUUUUAACCAAUUUUAUGUUGUAGGAAAUUUAAUUACGCAACUUUUAUGCUAGUGCAACUUUUCUCGGAAAUAAAUACGUUUAAAGUUAUAAUCAAAAAACGAAGAAGAAAAUCGAAUUUUUCCUUCAUUUUUUGAAAUUUUGAUUAUUUAACAAUGUUCUGGACCUUUUUGAGUGGGAGGAUAACUCAAUUAUUAUUAUAUGGGUUAAUUCCAAGCAAUUUCUGCAAAAAAAUUAGUGUCACCUCUCAACGUCCAUCUCAAAACAGAUCCGCCCUGGACUAUUAAGGCUGUGAGCGAUAAAAACGAAUUUUUAAUUCUAAAAUAGGGUAUAUAUUUUAUAUUCGUGAACACGACGUCGGAUGUGCACUCUUGGCCCCCUCCACCCUGUCGUAUACCGUCGUAAUAAGCAACGGCCCCCCUCCCCCUUUUCAACGACGUAGUUUAUGGAUGUUCCCUAAGGGUGAGUGUGUCUGCUCCAUGAAUAUCUGAGCUAAAGACUUCCAAGCAAUUGGCAUGCCAGCUACUUUUCUAAUUUACGGGCAUGUAUGUCUAACUUUCGGAACUUCAAGGGCUUGUUUAAAAUAAAAACAUUUAAAAAAAAAUUAACAAUCUUGCUUUUUCAGUCUAUAUAUGUUUCGAUUCAUUAUAAUUUCUGAUUGGACACAAUAUUAACGAUGGGUGAAUGAUGUUUCUAUGAAAUUUUUUAUUGUUACAAAGUAACUUUUUGGUUUGAUUGCUUUUUAAAAUGGAAUAUAUUAAUUUUCAAAUCAUAGGCGCAAAUGAAAACUAUAACAUAUAUCUAAUGUAUUUAUGUAUACAUUGUUUUAUAAGAUUUUAAGGCGUGCGUAUAUUAUUUCCCAUUUCUAAAGUUUAAUAUUUUGGCUGGUAAAAGCUUAUAAUAUAUUGUUCUCAAGUAUUAAAUAAAAUGUUGUCAUAAUGAGCGGGUAUAUGUAUUUAAUAUUUGUAUUUUAGAAAAAUUAUUACAGAAAAUUUGAUCUCAUAGCUAAACUUAUAACACGAAUAAAAUAUCGCGCAUCCCGAACAAAAGUGUCAUAACUCAAAAUUUUUUCAAACCGCACUUAUUUACGUAAAUAUGAUACAUGAUAUCAAAUCUACUAACCAACAAAACCGUAGCAAAGUUACUUUAAAAAUUACCUCACAGAUGGCCCUAAAAGCUAUUUGGCUCGGAAGAUGUUUCGGGAAAUUUUCCGUUAAAAACAGUAUCAAUUCGUGAUGCGUAGGUGAAACACCACUCGUUCCGAGCAAAAGCAUAUUAUUUCCGAUUAACGUUCAGUAAUCGUUUGCUUAAAUUCGAACAGAAGUGCAGUAUUUCGUGAUAUUCAUAUUUUGCAUGGACGAUUAUGAUAUUCAUUGAUCUAUUUUCCCGACAAAACUGAAUCAUCUGGAAUUUAUCGGAAUUAAGUGUUGUUUAAUAGUGGUAUGGUUCCGGUCAAUAAAGUAAUAUUUCGAGUUGCUACACUUUUGCACGGAAAUUUGUAAACAAAAGUGUUUAGUAUAUCUGUCCAAUAGAGAAAUUUUUCGAGUUAUUACCGUUUUGCAUUUUAAUUAAAAAAUUUCCGAGCAAAAACGUAUCUCAAAAUAAUAUUCAUUAAUUUAAUUAAAAUUUGCACAAAAUUCAUGAUUUUCACCAUUGACGUUAAUGGGGCUUAUAUAUAAUUAAUAUUGAAAAAAACUAAAAAAAAAGUCUCAAGUCUCUUAGUCUCAGCAUCCGUUAUGGCUUGCAAAUUGUAGAAGCCUCGGAGGUGUUACCAGAGAAGGUUCCCAUUGUUUUCAGUCUGAUAGGAUGUAGAAUAACAUUUUUGGAUAUUGUUUUAUGUGCUAUUAGAUUGAAAGGAGCAGUUGUCGCUAGGGCAUCCCUGCCAUUUCGUUCGUUGCAAUCCGUGACUGCACGCCGGGGUUUGUCCUAGUUGGGUCAGAGAGAGCAGCAUAUGUGCCUGCUGAUGAGAGACUAAUAAGUUUCGAAACCGGUAGAGGUGCUUGCUGCACUCUCUGAUUGAACUGGAAUAAUGAUGCGGCUGUAGUUUCGUGUUGCAACGAAAUUGAAAAUGGUUAUUCAUUUUUGAAUUAAUAUUGACUUCAAUUUGCAAAGAAAUAAAUUUAAAUUUUCUAUUAGGUGUUAACUUAACUCCAAAUAAAGUACCGUAAAAUUUUCUUUUGCUGCUCCUGUAAAAUUAAGUAUUUUUGAUUUACAACAGUUUUGUUCGGGAUGUGCGAUAUAAUCAUUAACAGGUAUAUACAGGGAGUCCAGAAACUCUACCGACAAACGAAGACAGGAGAUAUCUCAGAUAAUUUUAAGAUAUUUUAACCCAAUUCACCUAGUCCGAAAAUGCUUCCUAAAAGAGCUAGAGCUCUUUCUUGAAGAUGGCGUCUUAUAAUUAGUUUUUCUUAUAUAACUCCAGAACGCUUCUAUUGAGAAAAAUUGGUACACAUAUUUAUCUUUCAGCGAUAAAUCGAUUCCAUUCAUUGCGAAUUUCUAGUACCGGUCAUAGACGUCUGUUUUGGGUAGGGCAACAGUUAUUUUAUCUCAUAACUUUUUAUCUUUAAUUUUUAAGCAUUUGACUCUAGAUUAUUAAAUUGUGAGGUACUCUUAUUUUAAGUCUAUAGGAUACACCGUUUUCUAGAAAAAUCGAUUUGAAAAUUUUUCUUUUUUUGAAUUUCCAAAAAAAAAUAAACAAAACUAUUUAGAAAUCCGAAAACUGGUACGUUUAUAUAUAUUUCAAAGAUGAAUCGAUUUCAUUAAUUGCGAAUUUCUAGUACGGGUCAUAUGCUUCCGUUCUGGGUAGGUCAACGGUUAUUUUAUCGGAUAACAUUUUUGUCUUUAAUUUUUAAGCAUUUUUGACUUUAGAUUAUUACGUUAUGAGGUAUUCUAGUACCAAAAGUUACUCUUGCUUUAUGUUGGUAAAAUACACUGCUUUUUUUUUAAUUUUAAAAUUUUUUUUUUCAAAUUCAAAAAACGAAAAAUUUUCAAAUCAAUUUUUUCGAGAAAACCGUGUGUCCUACUGACUUAAAGCAAGAGUACCUUUUAGUACUAGAAAACCUCACAAUUUAAGAAUCCAGUGUCAAAUAUGCUUAAAAGUUAUGUGAUAAAAUAACCGUUGCCCUACCCAAAACGGACGCAUAUGACCGGUACUAGAAAUUCUUCAUAAAUGGAAUCGAUUUAUCUCUGGAAGAUAAAUAUACACACCGAUUUUCGUUUUUCUAAAUUGAAGCGUUCUGGAGGUAUUUAAGAAAAACUAAUUACAAGACGCCAUUUUCAAAGAGCUAACUCCGUUAAGAAGCAUUUUCGGACUAGAUGAAUUGAGAUAAAUUGUCUUAAAAUUAUCUGAAGAAUCUCCUGUCUUCGUUUGUCGGUAGAGUUUCUGGACACCCUGUAUAAAACAAUAAUAUAGACUCACCGGCACAAAAUUCCGGUGCUUUAUUAUUUGUAGAAUAGAUUUUCAAGAUUCUUGUAUCAGUUUGUAGAUACAUAUAUUGAUAUCCUUGGCUAUUAUUCCGGUAAGAAAAAAAUUUUUUAGAUGGCUUUAUACGGGUCUGAAUGGAAGCGUUGUAUUUUCUCCUAACUUUAAAAAUUCUGUGGAAAAAUUAAAUUACUGAUUUUGUUUCAUAGUCCUUUCGUAUAUCUGGUUUUUGAAUUAUCCAAAUAUCUCUUGUAAGAGCUGUAAAUAAAAACACUGCUUUGAAGAUGUAUUUAAUUGAAAAUAUCAAACGCACUAAAAUUAACAACACAAAACAAAAUAACAACAAAACAAUUCAAUAGCGGUGUGACGACACGCUUUAAUUACUAUUUUUGCUAAUUUUAAUUUUUAAUAACUUUCUCAAAACUAAAUAAUAUGGGUCAUAUAAAAUUCACAUUUAAUAUACAAAUCAGAUGCUAAGAAGGGUCUUUUAAGUUUUACGAAACGAAAUGUAUCCCUAACCAGAUGUUUUUGGUGUGUUCAAUUUAACAAACUGAAUUCCCCAUAAAUUAAUUACCUUAUCAGACCUUAUGUCAAUAACUCACUUUGGAAAUGCAUUCGAAGACGUUUCUUAAAACUGCAGAAAUGUUUCAACUUUUAAACGCCAGAUCUAAAUAAUUUAUCGCCUUUCUGGCCAGAUGGUAGAAACGCAAACAUAUUAGCGUUGUGGUCUUUUUUCAGCCACAGCAGUCGAGUUACAACCACGGGUCGCUUCACACACUCGCAACAGGCGUCGGUCGGUCAACAAACCCUCACUGGGCCAAACAAUCAAACCCUUUUACGAGAUGAAUAAGCACUCCUUUUAACCAAAAAUAAAUAAAUAUAUUAUUGUUCGUUGUUUACAUUUAUUUUAAUUGAUUCCGUUAACCCACACCACGGAACAGCGGGUAUAUCCACCUCUCGCAGCAUUGACUGCUCGCAAUCUCUUUGGUAUCGAAUGAAUAAGAUGUGGUAUCCUUGUUUGGGGAAUAGCCCUAUAUUCCUCUAUCAGCGCCAACCAAAUUUUCUGGAGGUCUAGGAUGACGGCGACUAGCUAUUUUUAAUUCAUCCCAUAAAUGCUUGAUACGAUUGAGAUCUAGGCUGCACACGGGCCAUUCCGAUCUUAUCAAUCCAACCUCUAUUUAAAAUAUUCAUGUUUAUGGGUCAAUCAGUGUUUUUAUUUACAUAAAAUUGUGCAGCUCUUGCAAGAAAAGAGAUAUUCAGACAAUUCAAAAAACAAAAUCAGCUCUUCAAUUUUUCCACAGACUUUUAAGUUAGGAGAAAAUCUUCUUCUUCAUGUGCCAUCUCCGCGACGGAGGUUGGCAAUCAUCAUGGCUAUUCUGAUCUUAGAUGCUGCUGCUCUGAAUAGUUCGGUUGAUGUGCAUCCGUACCAUUCCCUCAAGUUACGCAACCACGAGAUUCGUCCCCUUCCUACUUUUCUCUUGCCCUGGGUUUUCCCCUGUAUAAUCAACUGAAGUAUGUUGUAUCUCUCAUUACUCAUAACAUGCCCCAGGUACUGCAGCUUUCGUGUCUUGAUGGUUUCCAAUAUUUCCAGUCUUUUGUUGACUCUUCUCAUGACUUCCUUGUUUGUUAUAUGCUCGGUCCAUGAUAUCUUCAGGAUUCUUCUAUACACCCACAGUUCAAAUGCUUCCAACUUUUUAGUAGUCGAUGCGUUAAGUGUCCAUGCUUCUAUCCCGUAAAGCAGAGUCGACAAAAUGUAGCACCUUGCCAGCCUAACUCUCAAGUCUAAUUUCAGUUCUCUUGCACAAAGUACCUUUCUCAUUUUAUUGAAGUUUGUUCUUGCUUUCUCUAUUCGAACUUUGAUUUCUUUGAAAUAAUCGUUUGUGUGAUUAAUUAUUGUGCCAAGAUAGUUGUAGUUUUCUACUUGUUCUAAAGUUUUACCUUUAAUUGUCAGGCUUUCAUCAUUAUUUUGGGUUUUUGAUAUCCUCAUAAAUUUAGUUUUCUUGAUGUUUAUUGAUAAUCCAUAUUCUUCUCUAUACUCAACUAUCUUGUUCAUUAGCUUUUGGAGGUCUUUAAGGUUGUCUGUUAUUAUGAUAGUAUCGUCCGCAUAUCUAAUGUUGUUAAUUGGCGUUCCAUUUACCUUUAUUCCUGCUGUUUCUCCCUCAAGAGUUCUUUUCAUAAUUUCUUCAGAGUAUGCAUUGAAUAGUAGUGGUGAUAAUACUUACCCCUGUCGCACUCCUCUUUUAAUUUCGAACUCUUCUGAUGUGUGUUCGUUAAUCCGUAUGUGUGCCUGCUGUUCAUAAUAUAGAUUUGUUAUAAUUCGAAGGUCAUUGUAUUGUAAUUGUUUUGCUUUGAGGACGUCCAUUAGCUGUUUGUGGCGGACUUUAUCGAAAGCCUUGUUGUAAUCUAUGAAACAGACGUACAUAUCUUCGUUCACGUCCAAGCAUCUCUGGAUUAGUACGUUGAAUGCAAAGAGAGCCUCUACGAAAUCCAAAUGUUUCUUCAAUAUCCAUAUCAAGUGUUUGGUAAAUGCGUUUAUGAAUGAUCUUUAAAAACAUUUUAAGUGUGAGACAUCAGGCUUAUGGUGCGGUGGUCGGUGCAUUCUCUAGCAUUUUUCUUUUUUGGGAGACAAAAAAAUGUUGAGGUCAACCAUUCAUUGGGUAUGUCACCCGACAGAUCAAUUUGAUUAAAGAGCUUUAAGAGGACAUCUAUGUACUCAUUUUCUAUUAUUUUAAGGAUAUCAAUAGGCAGUUGAUCUGGCCCCGGGCUUUUUCCGUUACUGGUGUUUUUUAGUGCAUACAAUAUUUCUUCCUUUGUAAUUUCUACACUUGUUUCUCUGUUUUUGAAAGAUAUGUCUUGUAGGUUUCCUCUUUCGUCGUCGAAAAGUUCUUCCAUGUAUUCUUUCCAUCGUUUUAGCUUUUCUUCAGUCGUUAUAAUAGUGUUUCCAUUUUUGUCUAAAAGAGUUGAGUUGUGGUUUUUUUUGGAGCCCUGCCAUUUCUUUAACCUUUUUAUGCAGGUUGAAUAGAUCGUAUUUGUUCUGAUGAUCUUCUAUCUCUUUACAUUUUUCCUCAUAGUAAGUUUGUUUUGUGUGUUUUAUUUUUUUUCUGAUUUCAUUGUUAAUUAUUUUGUAAUUGUGAGUGUCUUUGUUCUUGGCUUGUCUUCGUUGGUCCAUCAUGCCGAGUAUCUCGUCGGUCAUCCAAUUGUCUCUCUUUCUUAUCGGUUCUUUUAAUAUCUCUUUGCAUGGAACAAGUAGGCUGUUUUUUAGUGUUUCCCAUUGAUGGUUUAUCUCGUAGGUGUUAGUAUCUAAUGUAUCAAAGUUUUCGUAUAUUUUCUGUUGAAGUUUGAUUUUUAUAUCAACUUCUUUCAGUUUUCUAACAUCUAUAUUUGGAGUUCUUUGGGGUUUUCUAAUACGUUUAAGCUUAAGCGUGACAUUAGCGAUUAGUGGGUUAUGGUCUGAUGUGACAUCUGCUCCUGGAUAUGUUUUAACGGAUUUGAUGGUGUUACGAUAUCUCUCUUUACUCAGUAGAAAAUACAAGGACAAAAUACAUACAUAGGAUAAUACAUAGGAGAAAAUACAACGCUUCUAUUCACCCCCUAUAGUGACAUCUAAGCAAAAAUUGUUUAUUACCAGAAAAAUAACGAAUGGCCUCAAUACAUGUACCUACAAACUGAUGCAAGAAUCUUAAUGAAAAAUAUUUAGUGGCGGAAUUUUGUGCCGGGGUGUGUAUAUUGAACCCAAUUUGUUAAUUUCUAUAACAAUAUUGACAAAGGUUUGUUCAAAUAUCAUUAUUCUUAGAAAAUACUUGCGCCUAUGAUUUGAAAUGGGGUAGUUUUUGCUGCAUGUAAUGAAGAAUGCUUUUUAAGGUUAUGAACCUUAUUUCAGUCACUAGAGUGUAAAUAACUUGGUUAAAAUGUUGGUCAGAAUAUUUUGUAAUUAAGUUAUAUAAUUAUAUUUUCCUACAAGAUGUAAAUAAUAGUUUAUGGACACAAAAGGAGGAUAAUUUAUAAUAGUGGCAAUAUAUGAAAUAUUAUAUGAAAGUAAAUUAUAGUUCAAUAAAGACAUUAUAUGUGA